AUGGAAGAAGUGAAGCUUCUAGGAUCCUAUGUCAGUCCAUUCAGUCGGAGAGUCAUCUGGGGUCUCAAGCUAAAGGGUAUACCAUUUGAAUAUAUAGAGGAGGACCUCUCCAACAAGAGUGAAUUGCUUUUGAAGUUCAACCCCGUUCACAAGAAGAUCCCAGUUCUUAUUCAUAAUGGAAAACCAAUCUCAGAAUCUACCGUAAUCCUCGAAUAUAUCGAAGAGACAUGGCCGGAGAAUCCAUUGCUGCCCAAAUAUGUUUAUGAAAAAGCCAAUGCUCGUUUCUGGAUUAAAUUUAUGGAGGACAAGAUACCCAUUUUCUAUGGAUUGGCCCUGUUCACCCAAGGGGAAGAACAGGACAAGGCAAUAAAGGAUUGCUUAGAACUGCUGAGAACUAUUGAGAAGCAAGGUCUUGAGGGAGACAGGAAGUUUUUCGGUGGCACUAACAUCGGUUUAACGGAUUUGGUUUUUGGAUUGAUGGCUUACCAUUGGGAAGUGUUGCGGAAAUACUUCCUACAUUGA